AUGGGUAAAAAGAAAUUAAGGAGGAGUACUUACGGUCACAAGAGGGGCUUCACUCACGAUCCCAGGGGGGACUUCUUCCUCGUCCUCAGCCUUCGAAAGAACGAGGAGGACCUUUUUGUCGGCCGCUCUAGCACCGCCGUCUCAACAGCAACACCUUCGGCCGGCGCGGCCUCAACUGCUGCGGCCCCAGUGCUUGAGGCCUCUCGAUCCCUCUUGCGACUCGGGGUUGUGUGUACAAGGAGAAGUAAACGAGGUAAGAAGCAAAAUAAACAAAGACAAAGGUGGCUCGGAGAAGCCGACGACAAAGCAAAAAAGAGAGAGGGCUUACCAACGGCAGCGAUCGGUCAAGUCAGCGGGGCGGAUGGCACGGUCCUAUGCGCCAAAGUUUUUCGCGCCCCCACUACAGCCAGCGCCCUGGAAGUUGGGGCCGCGGUUGAGGUCGCGAUCGCUGCUUUGACCGAAGGAGAGGUCACCACCCUGGGUACGACCGCGGUCGAUGUGCUCGGUCGAGGAAGCACGGCCGAGGCCUUCUUCCCCUUACCAGCCUUGGGGAUGAGGGGGUCCCAAUCUGCAUUCUUCAAGGCCCCCUUCACGGCCUCUUCAACAGGCCGAAUGAAUCUGGCUGAGAUACACUCCUCGUACCAGACUCUUCCAUCCUCGUCGUACGUAUUACGACGCAACCAAGGCGUCAGAGUAAGGAAGCCACGCCAUGCUGCUGGGUGA